AUGCCGCAUCCCAAAACAUACAAAGAUUACGUCGAGGCUCUCUGUCCACGCUACCCGUCGUUACUUACCCUCUACGGCUUCCUUUCAAAUCCAAGGGCUCGUCGUCAGAGUUGCCGUGUUUCCGCACUGGACUUCCAAAGAGGAUCACCUACUCCUACUGCGCGCCAAAUCGGUGGUAUUGACCAUCUCUCUUCUGAACUGUUGAGCAAGGCCGAUAUAAGUCAUGGAGGGUCUGAAGACGAUCAUAGCCAACCACUACAAGGACGGAUGUUGGUGAUAGAGGACUUGACGGUCGAAAUUAUUGAGCUACUUGGUUCUGAGCUUGACAUCGACCCUCUUUUUUUCGCAAUGCAUCUGCACACAGUUCAGCGGAAAGCCAUGCGCCAUCCCAUUCCAAAUGAAGCGACUUUGCCAUCCCGGCUCCUCUCGCAAAACUACCUCAACGCCGCUUACCACUGUCCUGUUACCUAUGAUAACGCAGAUCUUGCUGGUAGGCAGCUGGUGGGAGACACCGCAAUCGAUCGCAAAGUGGUAUUCUUGCGCUCUACUACCGUUGGACUCGCGGCACGCCAAGUAUCCAUCAUCAAAAUCCGGCGGAGUAACGGCUUAUGGCUAGCCUUGACCCUUGUCGACCCGCCGCUCGGAGAUGUCUAUUUCACCUCGGGACACAAAGAAGAUGCAACACACAAGGUCCAACUGAUCUUGCGGCCCUUCUUAGGAGCUUACGAGGAUUUUGCGGACCCCCCAAAAUUCUCUGAAAAUUGGAAUACCCUGAACGACUGUCCAAGAGGCGGCAUGUUGGACGAUGUCGUGCAACGCUGGCAAGCUCGCGUUCCAGCUUGCUUCAACCGUGAAGAUCCCACGAUCCAAUCAUUGGCAUACUACCCCCUCAAGAUUGUAGCAGCGGAGUGGGUGAAAUAUCACGCCGUGAUGCGACACUGCAUCAAGCAGUACGAAUACCGAGGCAAUCAACUUCCAGAUCUUGACAAAUUCAACGCGGAUUUACGUGAACUGCAAGGCUGGCAACGCCGUAGCACAAUCUCACAAGAAAAGAUCAAGUUGGUUAUCCGCAAUCUCCGUUCCCAAAAUUCUUUAGGCUCGAGGAGUUGUGCAGCGAUGGAUCACGUCAUCAAAGAUUUCGAAGUGAUCAACAGCAAUAUAGAGACUGCGGGUGCGAGAUUGGAGAACAUGCUACCUGUCGUCACGUCUCUGGUUUCUAUCAUCGAUGCGAGACAAAACUUUGCUGAAACAUUGAACAUUAGUCGCUUGACUGUUCUCGCACUUAUCUUCGUUCCACUCAGUUACGUCUCAAGUCUCUUCAGUAUGAAUCCUGAUAACAUGCCAGGCAGUCCGCAUUUCUGGGUUUACUUUGCAGUUGCAGUACCCGUAACGACCCUAGUAUUCAUCGUUGCUCGACCGCCACACUUCGAAUUACAAAGCGCGCUUGCAUGGAUUUGUAGACUUUGGAGACCGAAAAGGAAAUCUGAACCGCCGGCGGAGAUCAAGAGCGCCCAGGCGAAGAAUUCGAAGACGUUCACAUGGUUUCGUGGCUGGUGGAAACAUGGAAUGACACCCGAUACGUCGAAGAACGUGAAGAGUGUGGAACAGGAUGCUUCUAAGGCUUGA